AUGCCACUAACUGAAUACGAUUUGCAAAAAAGUUUGAAAAAGGCAUGUUCCAUUGAAGAAACAGCUCCAAAGAGAAAACAUGUCAGAGCUUGUAUCGUCUAUACAUGGGAUAAUAAGUCUGCUAAACUUAUUUUUCACAUCCUUAAAUCACAACCUUACAUUAAUGAUGAAGUCCAAUUAUUCAAAAUGUUGAUUGUGAUCCACAAAAUCAUUCAAGAAGGUCAUCCAUCUGCUCUGAAGGAGGCUAUUAAGGAGAAACAAUGGAUUAAAUCACUGGCAAGAAUUCAUUCUACUGGUUACUCUUCAUAUUCUAAAUUGAUUAAAGAAUAUAUUAGAUAUUUAGUAAACAAAUUAAAUUUCCAUUCUCAGCAUAGAGGUUUCCAUAAUGGUACAUUCGAAUACGAAGAAUAUGUCUCUUUGGUCUCUGUGGCUGAUCCAGAUGAAGGGUACGAGACAAUCUUAGACUUAAUGACUUUAAUGGAUAAUAUUGACGAUUAUUCACAACUUUUAUUUGCAUCUAUUCAAUCAGAUUCAAGAAAUAGUGAAUGUAAGAUUGCAUCUUUAAUUCCAAUGGUCGCUGAAUCAUAUGGUAUUUACAAAUUUGUCACUUCUAUGUUAAGAGCGAUGUAUAGACAAUUAGGUGAAGAUGAUCCUGCAUUGGCCCCAUUAAAGGAGAGAUACGAAUUGCAACAUGCACGGUUGUUUGAGUUUUAUGCAGACUGUUCCUCCAUUAAAUUCUUGACCUCCUUAGUAACGAUCCCUAAAUUGCCCACUGAGCCACCAAAUGUGUCUAAAGUCGUAGAAUUAGAUUCUACUGUCAAAGAUGUCAAAUUUGAAAAGAGACCUCAACAACAAAAGGAGCAAAAAGGGCCAAAUGAACUACCUUUGAAAGAACAAACACCAUCUUCAGCUCCUUCUUUAAGUAGAAAUGCCUCCUUGACUUUCAUUUCACCGGUCGCAACUAGUGGUACGAUGGCUCAACUGAUUCCUACUGUAACAGCUGCAGCAAAUAUGGUCCCUAUGAUGACAGGUGUUCCUGUACAACAACAGCAGCAGGCUGAAUAUUGGGCACAACAACAACAACAAUUAGCUAAUGAACAGGCCCGUUUAGAACAAGAACAUCAAAGACAAUUACAAGAACAACAGCUUCAACAACAAAUGUUCCAGCAACAGUUGCAAAAUGCUCAACAAGAGAUGAUGCAAUUACAAUUACAACAGAAUACACAACAACAGAAUGAUUUGAUUGCAUUAAAUAACCAGUAUGAAAAAGAUCAGAUGUUAUUGCAACAAUACGAUAACCGUGUUCAGCAAUUAGAAAAUGAGAUUCAAACGAUGAAUGAGAACGUUACAUCGCAACUGGCUAAUAAAAAUGAUCAAAUUAGCUCUCUACAGGAUCAAAUGGAUAUUUGGCAUAAAAAAUAUGAUUCUUUAGCCAAGUUAUACUCACAGUUACGUCAAGAGCAUUUGCAAUUAUUGCCAAAAUUUAAAAAAUUACAAGUUAAAGUAAAUAGUGCCCACGAAGCCAUUAAACAAAAGGAACAUUUAGAAAAUAAAAUGAAGCAAAAAGAUUUACAAAUGGCUGAUUUAAUAAAAGAUCGUGAUAGAUUGAGGGUUGAAAAUGAUAGGAUUGUUGCUAACAAUAAAGAACGUGAUAUGCAACUUGCUGAAAAAAGUAGCAUGACCACUGAAGAUAAGAUGGCUUUGAUUAUGGAUGCUUCAUUAGAAAGCGGAAUUGCCACAAUUCAAGAAGCUGUAUAUAACCUUGAUGCUCAAGGUAGUUGGAUUGGCCCAUUGACAACAGCAAACCAUAUUAUUACAUUAAUAGAAGGCUGUUCAGAAAAGGCUACAGAGUUUGCUACAAGUUUUAAUGAUUUAAUCGUGGAUGGUAUGAUUGAAGGUGAUCAGCCAACUGUAAUUUUCAAUAUUAGUGAAUUUAGUAUUAAUGUUGCGGCCAUGGUAACGAAUGUCAAAGCCUUUUCUACUACCACCUUAGCAGCAGAGGAGUCUGAUGAUCUAAUUGAACUUAUUGAAAAGUGCGCACGUGAAGCACAAUAUUUCUUUGAAGAUUUGAUGUCUGAUAAUUUAUUAUCCUUAAAAGAUGAUGAAGCUAGAACAGAUGCAGUUAUUAACGCUAAUGUUGAUAUGCAAGAAAAAUUACAAGAAUUAUCUAUUUUCUUGGAGCCUUACUUAAACAGAUUGCCACCAUCUACAGAAGAAAACAAUGCCCAUUCUGAAUUAGUUGCAACUGCUGAAAAUAUUGAAAAAUCCUCGCAAGUCUUACGUGUUAAUGUUGAUGUCAAUGUGCCAAAACCUAUCUUGGAUCUAUCUUUAGUUAUUAUCGAUGCUAUUGUAGCAUUAGUCAAAUCAGCUAUUGAAUGUCAGAAUGAAAUUGCUACAUCGACCAAGAUUCCUUUAAGUCAGUUCUAUAAAAAGAACAGUCGUUGGACUGAAGGUUUAAUUUCUGCUGCUAAGGCUGUUGGUAAUGCUACCAAUAUAUUAAUAUCUACUGCUGGUAAUUUGAUUACAGAUAAUGGAAUUGAUACUUCCCCAGAAGAAUUUAUUGUUGCAUCGAAGGAAGUUGCAGCAUCUACAGCUCAAUUAGUGGCAGCCUCCAGAGUGAAAACAUUGCCUCAUUCCAAGGCUCAAAGUAAGUUGGAGGAUUCUUCUAAAGGUGUUUCGGUUGCAUGUAAACAGUUAGUUGAUUAUGUUAUGGCAGGUGUUGGUGGGUCUCAAGAAGAAAAACCACUAGAAUUUACAUCUGAACAUGCUGUGAAGACAUCAGAAAUGGAACAACAAGUUACAAUCUUGAAAUUAGAACAGCAACUAAAUAACGCAAGAAAGAGAUUAGGAGAAAUUAGAAAACAUGCAUAUUAUUUGAAUGAUGAUAACAUUGAAUAA